AUGUGGCAAAAGAUCCAGUGCUGUCUGACAAUUGCCCUCCUGGUGAGUGCCUUCUUGGCUUUAGCUGACCACAAUGAGGGCCACAAUGAUACAGAACAUCCAGCAGAUCACCAAGGAAAAGACGAGUUAUGCUCCAAAAUCUCAUCUCACAAUGCUGACUUUGCCUUUGCUCUGUACAAAAAACUUUCCAGCCACACUGAUGCCAAAGGCAAGAACAUCUUCUUCUCUCCACUGAGCAUCUCCGUGGCUCUGUCCAUGCUAGCUCUGGGUGCCAAGAGUGAGACCCACUCACAAAUCUUCAGCACUCUGGGCUACAGUUCCUUCACAGAGGAUCAGAUCAAUGAAGCCUAUGAGCACCUGCUGAACACACUGGACCAAAGCCAGGAGGCCAGGCAGCUGGAGCUAGGUGGUGGUCUGGCUAUCCAAAAAAGCUUCAAACCUCUUGACAAUUUUCUGAAUGAUCUUCAGCAUUUCUACCAUACAGAAGCCUUCAGUGUGGACUUUUCCAAACCUGAAGUUGCUGUCCAAGAGGUCAACAAGUUCAUAGCCAAAAAGACCAAGGACACCAUCACUGACAUGAUCGAGAGCCUGGACCCAGAAACCAUCAUGGUGCUCAUCAGCUACAUCUAUUUCAAAGGUAAAUGGGAGAAGCCUUUCCUAGAGGAGGCUACCCACAAAACCAACUUCCAUGUGGAUGAGAACACCAAGGUGACUGUGGACAUGAUGAGGGCGAAGGAUGACCGAUACAAGAUCUACACUUCCAAGAACAUUACCCUUAUCAAGUUGCAGUACUCUGGCAAUGCUUCCAUGGUGAUCAUUCUUCCCAGUGAGGGAAAAAUGGAGGAAUUGGAGAAACACAUUACGAAGGAACAGUUAAAUGGCUGGCUAGACAAAGUCAGACAAAGGUCUUUGGACCUUUAUGUGCCCAAGUUCUCCAUCUCUGCCUCUGCCAGUCUCAGGGACACUUUGGAGGAAAUGGGUAUUGUUAAUGCAUUCUCGGACACGGCAAACUUUUCUGCAAUAAGUGAGAAUAUAGGACUGAAGGUUUCCAAAGUACUCCACAAGGCAGUCCUCAGUGUUGAUGAAAAAGGCACUGAAGCAGUUGGUGUCACCACUGCAGAGCUCGUACCAAGGGCUGGACCAUUACACAUAAAAAUUAACAGACCCUUCCUGGUCUUCAUUGUGGAAGAAAGUGUCAAGAGCAUCCUCUUCAUGGGCAAGAUCAUCAACCCUGCUGAAAAGUAG